GUUGCCGGCGGCAACCAUAUCUUGCCGACCCGGCAAGGAUAGUGGGGUAUACGUCGGCUUGGAGAUGUUUCAGCCAAUCAAAGCUUCCAAAAGAUUGAUGACCGAGCCGGAGCAAGAAGCUCUCCGCACAUUGCCGGAUGAACUUCACGAUCGAGACGAACACCGCAGUGACAUCAGUUGACAUACUCGUCAUCCCAUCCCAGAAUUGCAUUGUCGUCCGAACGAGCGAUUCAAAUUCAACCUUGAAGCAUAACAUCCAUCAACUCUACCCCAAACUCAAGCUGCCAAAUAAUCCUCCCUGUUAUUCGCCUACCACCCCCGCUCAACACCAGCUUCACCAUGAUUUGCAGAGCCUGCCUUCAUGCUAGCAGAGCUGGCCUCCGCUCCGAGGCUUCUCAAAGACUCGCCUCUCUCCAACAGCCAAGCAGGGCUCUCUCUUCGCUGGCUUCUACACGCUCCGCUGCUCCUGCCGCCUACUCUACCUCUGCUCUUCUUCAACAGCGCGCCCUUCAGACCCCGGCUCGCCUUGCCUCGAGGACAUACUCUACCGCGGCUUCAGAACAACCUGCCAGCGCUGUCCCUGAAAAGCCAGAAGACCUGGACGAGGGAGAGGCCCAGGUCUGGGACAUCUUGAUCCGCGAGUUUGCGCCCACCAACCUCGUCGUGCGAGACAUCUCGGGAGGCUGCGGCUCCAUGUAUGGCGUCGACAUCUGCUCCGAGAAGUUCCGCGGCCUCAACAUGCUCAAGCAGCAACGUCUGGUCAAUGCCGCCCUCGGCGAACUGGUCAAGCAGUGGCACGGCGUCCAGAUCAAGACGAGCGUGCCUUGAAGAAAGAGACAGAGGAGGAAAAGAGAAGGAUGAAUUGUUUUAUUACCAUAUACACCAGUCGAUACCCAAUGAACAACCGCACCAGAGCUCUUGAAUGGCCGCACUUCCCUA